AUGGCAACCCGCUCCCGGACAUCCUCUCAAGCCCAAUCCCCUUUCGAUCCGAGAGACCUGGGACCCCAACUUCCGCCAACCACCUCUAUUGAGUAUGGCGAAGUCUCCCUCAAACGGGUCACACGACUCCUCCUUGGUUUACUUGGCCAAGUUGAGCGCCUUGAGCGGGAAAUUGGGGAAAUCAAGGAAGCAGGGGUCGAGACCCAAACGAACGUCAAAAACAUCUCCCAAGCCGUCGAUGUUGUCAAGGAUGGUCUCAAGUCCCUCCAGCUCCAAGGCCCCCGUACACCAGAAGGGCCCCAACCCAAGACAGUGGAAGAAACGCCACGCCCCCUACCAAAAGCUGAGCCUAUUGGAUCGGCUAGCGGGAUCCCCUUCUGGUCAGAACCCCCCAGGGCCUCAGGGCUUGCCCAGCCAACCCCAAGGAGAGCCGUACCCCCGCGAGUCCCGUCUCCCCCUCCAUCUCCGCGUCUCCGAUCCCCAAUCGGAGCACCUGCCCCUCUCCCUCCGGCUCCAGCAGCCCACUAUCCCGCUCCGGUCAAGGUUGACCAUCCCGACGCCUACACAGGCAAAGUAGGAAGCGAAGCCAAGCAAUGGCUGACUAGGAUGCUGGCUUGGACCCGCCUCAACGCGCGAAUGUUCCCCACCAAUCAGGAGGUAUUAUCCUUCCUCCUGAUGAACAUGAAGGACACCGCUGGGGCUUGGGCCCACCCUCACCUCGACCAGCUCGGGUCACACCGGGCCAUUAUCCAAACGGUUGAGGGAUUCAAGUUGGAAUUUUUGGCAGCGUUUGGUGACCCUGACGCCACAAGGGCCGCCGAGCGGAAGAUUACCACCCUCACACAGUCCGGCACAUGCGCGGACUACAUCACAAAGUUCAGGACCUUAGCCAUGGAACUGGACUGGAACGACGCAGCCCUUAAAGGCCAGUUUGCCUGCGGCCUUCACUGGGAGGUCAGCCGCCAGAUUGCCACCCGCGAGCACCGACCCCGCACACUCCUUGAGCUGCAAAAUGCAGCACUCGUCAUCGAUAACGCUCUCCGCAAAGAGCAAGCUAGCCACCCGCCGAGGGACAAUAAGUCUAGCAGAACCCAAAACCCCGCAAGGGGAACGAGUACUGGCCAGUCAUCUACCGGUUCAAAGAAGCUCUCCGACAACCCUAACUUUGUAUUGGAAGAGGAGCGUAACCGCCGCCGCGCCGCAGGCGCCUGCAUCAAGUGCGGAAAAAUGGGCCAUAAGUUUGCGGAGUGCCGCACGGGUUGGAAGGCUAACCCUGUUGAGGACAAGGGAAAAGCCAAAGAAACCGCCAAAAUUGGCGAAGAAUCUGGACCCGAAUUGGGAAAAGAUUAA